CCGGAUAUAACCGAAGAUGAGACUUUACUUGUCAGGCAUACAUCUUCUGCGUCACUCUGUCAGCCAUAGCCGUUCGCAAGGCCCAUUACACAUCCCUCCUUCUUCAUCUGGCGUUAGCUUGGAUGACAUUGGAGCUAGGUACCUUGACCACCUUCCUUAACCAUGCCGUUAGUCUUGUUAUCUGGUAAUCGUCAUCCAUGUGCGAUUGGAGGUAUAUAGGAAGCUGUGCGACGCGUAGAUCGGGCGCUGUAAUUGCGCUGUCGCUGUCGCUGUAGCUAUGCGUUUCUCAAUUGCUGUUGCAGGAUUGUUGUUUGGGUUUGAGGCUUCGGCGAUAGGGGUUGGACCGAAGAACGCGGUGGCAAGGGAAGCAGAGAUCGCACGCACAAAUGCACGACGCAGCCUGCACAGGCGCGACGAUGUUGAUCCCGCAACCUUGUACCCGGAAUACAAUAUUUCCGUUCCAAUAGACUUUUUCCAAAACGAGACGCGAUACGAGCCGCAUAGCAAUGGCACAUUCGACCUAAGGUACUGGUUCGACGCCACAUACUACAAGGCUGGCGGUCCCGUCUUUGUCCUGCUCGGUGGAGAAACAGAUGGAGCCGACCGUCUGCCCUUCUUGCAGAAGGGAAUAGUCCACCAAGUCGCAAAGGCCACGAACGGCAUGGGAGUCAUCCUCGAGCACCGUUACUAUGGCAAAAGUUUCCCCGUCCCCGAUCUCACGACUGAGAACAUGCGCUUCUUGUCGACAGAGCAGGCAUUGGCCGAUGUCGAUUACUUCGCGCAGAACGUCAAGUUCGAGGGUAUCGAUGCUGAUCUCACUGCACCAAACACGCCUUGGGUUGUAUACGGUGGCUCGUAUGCAGGUGCACAGGCCGCGUUUCUGCGCGUUGUUUACCCGGGAACUUUUUGGGGCGGAAUUUCGUCUUCAGGUGUUACGUUGGCAGUUUUUGAUUAUUGGCAAUAUUUCGAACCAAUCAGGUUAUUCGGGCCGCCAGAUUGCAUCAAGAACACUCAGCUGCUUGUUGAUGUUGUUGACAAGAUUCUCCUCGAUGAGACCAACGCGGAGAAGGUACAACCGCUGAAAGAGGUUUUUGGAUUAGGAAACAUUACCGACGACAGGGACUUUGCGAACCAAUUCACCAGUGUCUAUGGCUGGCAGAGCACCAACUGGGACCCUGAGGAGAAUUCGGCAUCUUUCUUCAACUACUGCAGCAACUUGACCCAGUCGGUUGACCAAGCAGACCCUGCGACCGAGUCCCUCCGUUCAUCCGUCACCGACAUCGUCUCAGCAGCAGGAUACGCCAACGACACGCUGGUGCAGAACAUCACCCUCAACGCGAUCAGCUGGGUCAACAAGACGUCGCUACCAGGCUGGCGACGAUCCAUGUUGACCCAAGACCAGUACUUCACGACGCUCAACGACACAUCUCUGCAGUCCUACACCAGCCUAGCCGACUAUUCAGCCACAAGCUGGAGCUACCAAGUCUGCACCGAAUGGGGCUACAUCCAGACGGGCAACACGCCCGCGGAUAUCAUGCCGCUCAUCCCGCGUACCCUGACCAUCGAAUACCUGACCUACUUCUGCAAGGCGCAAUUCAACAUCACCACACCCCCGGACACAGACCGCGUCAACAAGUACGGCAACUACAGCAUCGACUACCCACGCCUGGCGCACAUUGGCGGCAACGCGGAUCCCUGGCGCCCCGCGACGCCACUUUGGUACCCCGAGAGCAGGAACUCGUCGACGGAGAAGCCGUGGUUGCUGAUUAGUCAUGCUGUGCAUCAUUGGGAGGAGAACGGCUUGUUUGAGAAUGAGACGACGCCGUUGUUGCCACCGCCGCAGAUUGUGUAUGCGCAGCAGUUUUUGAAGAACUUUGUCGUUGAUUGGGUUGAGGAGUUCAACAGUCAAGAUCAGAGUGAGCUGAAGCGGUUGUAGAUAUCGUUUGAUAGAUGGUGAUUGUUCGCUCUGUUGAUGUUGGAUCACGGUACCAAGAGGCCAAACCAAACACAAUCAACAUAUGUACAGAAAAGCGACACAGCAGUCCUGUUGUAGGAAUAUUUUUGAUGGUGAUCAAUCGGGACUCUCAUUAAUUCAUUAUCUAUUAAUCGAACCCAGCUGCUAAAAAGGCAUCAUCCCCACCCACCAUGCACACAAUUCUACUCCUCUAUUUCACCCACGCAAACCCAUCGCUCGUAACAAUCUCAUCCCCCGUCUCGGUGCCAACCAAAACACUAACCUCAAACCCACUC